CGUCUUAAUUCCAGGUCAACGCACCCUUCCUUUUUAAAGAAUUGGGGCUACGCUUAACGCUGCGUGUUCCCAAUCCCGAUCCAACAAACCAUUUCAUUCAGCGACUCCAAAAAAGAAAGUUAGAGAUGAUUGAUGAUCAAGCCUUGGGAACCAUUGCCAAUUUUCUUGGCAUCUUCAUUUUUGGUUUGGUUAUAGCUUAUCACUUGGUCACAUCGGACCCCAAAUAUGAAGCCUCCUAAGAUUUAUAUAUGAAUUUUCUGAUGUAUUCAAGACACAAAUUUGAUAGAUUCAGUUUUGUUCAUUGAUCUGUCACAGGUCAGUUUCUUUGUAUGAUGACUUAAUAUUGAUAUGCAUGCUAAAUCUUCAACAUUUUAGAGACGUGUGUUAGCCA